AUGCUCACCUUUCUACAAGAGCUGUUGGAUAAGGGGCGCACCCCUUCCAUGCUCAAAGUCUACGUGGCAGCCAUCGCGGCGAAUCAUGCUCUCGUGGCUGGCCAGUCAGUCGGCAAAAACGACCUUGUCGUUAAAUUUCUGAGGGGAGCUCAGAGGUUGAACCUGCCUCGUCCUCAUUCUGUGCCGACCUGGGACGAGUCCUUAGAGCCCUACGAGGCCCUCCCUUUGAGUCGCUCCAGUCGGCCAAUUUGCGGCACCUAUCGCUCAAGACUGCCCUCCAGGAUUGGUAUUGAUGUUUGGUUGUUAAAUUCCCAUUUUUCGCAACAGGUCUUCAAGAUCCAUCGCAGUAAGGUGGACGAUGAGAAGUGUUGCCUGCUUGUGAGCCACCUACUGGAUCACCCGUCACUACAGGAGCUCGACUUUUCGCAUAAUCACAUCAGUGACCGCGGAGCCCGAGCCAUCGGAAAACUCCUGAACCGCAGUCAGCUGAAGAGGCUGGUCAUCUGCAACAACCAGAUCAGAGGUCUAGGAGCUCAGGCUCUGGCUCAUGCUCUGUCCAAAAACACCACCCUGAUGUCCCUCAACCUGAGGCUCAACCACAUCGGGGAUGAAGGGGGUCAAGCUCUGGCUCAGGCUCUGGUGAAGAACAAGACCCUGGUGAACCUUCAUCUGGGGGAAAAUAACAUGACCGAACCCACGGCCGUGGCGCUGUCUCAGGCCCUGGUGGAGAACCGUACCCUCAAGAACCUAAACCUAUCCAACAACAGACUGGGAGUUGACGGCAGUAAGGUUCUGGAGGAAGGAAUGUCCCACAACAGCAGUCUGGUGGAGUGUGACAUUCGGCUGACUGAUGUGGCUCAGGACAGUGAGUACUGCACCAAUCAGAUCCAGGCUGCACGCAAAAAUCAAACACAACUAUAAUCUCAAUGCUGGACAUGCUGGGCCUGUCAAUGAAUAAUUACAGGCCUUUGAAAA